GCCCCCUCCCCCCCCUCCCCCCCCUCCCUCCCUCUCUCUUCCCGGCCGUGGACGAUGUGGCCGCAGUUCGCCCCGCUGCGCCUCCCGCUCCGCCGCCGCCUCCAGACCGCCGCCGUCCUCCAAUGGGUCUUCUCCUUCCUCGCCCUCGCGCAGUGCUGCCUGCUGCUCUUCGGGGCGCUGCUGGUGGGCGAGGGGUGGGCGCUGGCCGCCCUCUACGCCGCCUGGCUCUACCUGGACUGGGAGACCCCCGCCCGGGGGGGCCGCCGCUCCGCCUGGGUCCGGCGAUGGGCCGUCUGGAGGCACUUCCGGGACUACUUCCCCAUCACGCUGGUGCGCACGGCGGAGCUGGAUGCGCGGCGCAACUACCUGUUUGGCUUCCACCCGCACGGGGUGCUGGUGGCGGGGGCCUUUGGGAACUUCUGCACGGAGGCCACGGGCUUCUCUGAGCUCUUCCCGGGCCUCACGCCCCACCUCCUGAUGCUGCCCUUCUGGUUCAAGGUGCCCUUCUUCCGAGACUACAUCAUGAGCGGAGGGCUGGUCUCCUCGGACAAGGCCAGCGCGGCCUAUCUCCUGAGCCACGAGGGCGGGGGGCAGGUGGCGGUCAUUGCGGUGGGGGGGCCCUCCGAGUCCCUUGAGGCCCGGCCGGGGGCCCUCACCCUCCAGGUCCUCCACCGGAAGGGGUUCAUCAAGAUGGCCCUCACGCACGGGGCGGCGCUGGUGCCGGUCUUCUCCUUUGGGGAGAACGAGCUCUUCCUGCAGGUCUCCAACCCGCGGGGCUCCCUCAUCCGGGCGGUGCAGGAGCGGCUCCAGAGGCUCAUGGGGCUGGCGCUGCCCCUCUUCCACGCCCGAGGGGUCUUCCAGUACGACUUCGGGCUCCUCCCCUUCCGCAGGCCCAUCCACACCGUUGUGGGGGCCCCCAUCCUGGUGCCCAAGACCCCCCACCCCUCCCGCGAGGCCAUCGACGAGCUCCACGCCACUUACCUGCAGAGCCUGGUCCAGCUCUUCGAGGAGCACAAGGCCAAGUACGGCGUCCCGGAGGACAAGCACCUGGUCCUGGUCUAGAUCCGGGAAAGGAGAAGAGCCAGCGGCCGGGAUUGGGACCACGUACUUUUUCCUUCCUUCCUGGCAAGAGGAGGGGUGGCAUUUGGAGACUGGGCACAGGUGGAGGGCGGCAGGCCUGCCUUAAAGGGGAGGGCCGGUCCUCCCUCCUUUGAAAGGCCACCUUCCUUCCUUCUCCUUCGGGAUGGUGAUGUUUCCCCACUACGAUCAAGUGACUCCGUCCCGUGGUCACGGCCACAGGUGUGCAAAAGGGCGGCCUUAUUGUCUCUCCUUCUUGCAGGAAAUAAAUUGGAAAAUGAA